AUGGCGAAGCACACUAAGAAGGUCGGCAUUGUCGGCAAGUACGGCACGAGAUACGGUGCCUCCCUCCGAAAGGUCGUCAAGCGACUGGAAAUCUCCCAGCACGCGCGGUACACCUGCACUUUCUGCGGCCGCAACACUGUCCGUCGUCAGGCCUUCGGUAUCUGGCACUGCGGCGGUUGCAGGAAGACCAUCUCCGGUGGUGCCUACAUCCUCGCUACCCCCGCUGCCACGACCGCUCGUUCUACUCUCCGACGUCUCCGCGAGAUUUCUGACGUUUAA